AUGAUUCACUUUCUAUUAGCUAUAGCGCUAAUCACUGGAUGCAAAGGCCAGUAUGGUGAAAUUGCUCCACCAGCACCAAUACCACCAUUAAAUUAUGCAUCAAAUGAUCCUGAUAAUAUACCACAUACAAGUCAACCAUCAUAUUCUACGAAUAAAUAUGAAAAUUUAACCAAACAAAUUAUUCAGUCACAAAAUCAAUUACCAUCUGUACAACUAUCUGAUUUAGUUGAAAAUGUAACUUGUGGUUUAUUAGCGGAAGGUAAUUUAGUGCUAUCAAUGAAUUUAAUUCCAUCAGUGAUAAGACAAUCAACAAUCCGUCAAAAAAUUUUAACAUCAGCAGGUUCAACUUCAUCAAAAUUUUCACCAGUUAGACAACGUAUUACAGCUUCUUUAUCAUCAUCACCAUCAGCAACAACAACAACAUCAUCAAAAUCUCAGUCAUCUCAAUCAUUUUCAACUAGAUCAUCAUCUUUAAAAAAUAUGCGACAAAGAACACGUCAACCGAUACACUUAAAUGUUACCACAAAACAUCGUCAGAUUAUUUCAACUUCAAAAAAACCAAUAUCAGUUGUAACACAACAAUCGGAAAUAAUGCAUUCCACUCAAUUAGUGAGCAGGAUAACUCAAAAUCAUACGCGGGAAACAUCGCGAUCAACUCGUUUACCAUCAACAGUACCAGUUCAACCGGAUAGUACAAAAAGACCGGAAAAUCGACCAAUCUCAUCUCUAAGCGGACGAUUAGAUUGCUCAUUAGCACCUUUUGAUACGCUUUUUGUGGUAGAUUCAACUAGCUCAGUUAGACAAUUUUUUGAGGAUCAUCGUACUUACAUUAUUGAAAUCAUCAAUUUGAUUCUUCCUGAAUUUGACAAUGACACAAGGAUUGGAAUAAUUGAAUAUAGCAGUUCAUUACGACGUCAAGUGAAAUUACGAUUUAUAGCGCAUAAAAAUCGAACCGAAAUUGUCGAAACUGUUAAAAAAUUACCAUUCUUUGCCGGUAUAACUGCUACGGGAGCAGCAUUAAAAUUAGCCUUGGAGAUAUUGCAAGAUCGACGUUCCAAUGUACUUACUAAUGUUGUCGUCCUCACGGAUGGUUUCAGUUAUGAUUUAGUUGAUGAACCGUCAUCAAUGCUUCAUCGUUUACCUAAUGUUCGAACAUUUACAGCAACAGUUACUGAUUCAUGGAGGCAAUAUGAAUUGGAAACAAUAGCUGGUGAAGGAACUAGAGUUUUUAAAGGAAAAUAUUCCACACGGGAUUUAGCUAAAGCACUAACAUCAUGUGAUGAUGGGUCACGUCAUACUGGUAUACAACGGAAUAAUUUAUUGAAGUGA